ACGCCCCAAGGAAGCGCCGGGGGAAAAGGCAGCGGAGGCUGCGCGUGCGGCGUCACGUGUCCAUGGCGGCCCAAUGGGCGGGCAGCGGCGCGCGCUAAGAUGGCGGACGAUAAGGACUCGCUGCCCAAGCUGCAGGACGUCGCCUUCCUGAAGCAGCAGCUGCAGAGCCUGCAGCGCCGGGUGGAGGCCGAGGUGCAGGCCGGCGUGGGGCAGGAUGGCUCUCUGCUGGCCUCGCCCUUCCUGAAGGGCUUCCUGGCAGGCUACCUGAUCGCCAAGCUCCGCUUCUCGGCCGUGCUGGGCUUCGUGGCUGGCACCUGCACUGGCAUCUACGCCGCCCAGAGCUACGCCGUGCCCAACGUGGAGCAGACAGUGCGGGACUACAUCAGCUCCCUGGGCAGAGGCCGGGACUAGGCUGGGCCCCGCGGCGCAGGGACUGGAGGCUGCUGCUCAGCUGCAGGCACAGGAGCUGCCCGGGGGCACUGCCACUGCGCAGGGCUGCAGGGCGGCAGGGCUGGGCGUGGGCGUCCCGCAGAGCCCCUGGCGGCAGUGGGCACUCUGCUAACCCACAGCAGCCCACGGUUUGCCAGCUGCCUCCCUGCCCCUUGCUCCCUCCCCAGGGCCCCGAGAGGACUGGCAGGCUGCCUGCCGCCACGCUUGCCACCCUGGCACUGAGGCUGGGCUCUAGGGGCACGCUCGCUGUGGCGCCCUGGGGGGUGCUCACCCAUAAGGGAGGAGGCCCCCGUGCCCUGCUGCCACAGCGGGGGUGCAGUAGGCAGUGCCCUGCUGCGGUUGGGCUCAUUAAAUUCGUGUCUUUGGUC